CAUCUCUUUCUCUCUAUCCCUCAGAUCUUUGACAGCGAGCCCAAAGGGGAGGAGGAGAUAGAGGUGUGCUUAUUGGAUAUCGCCUACGACGAGAUCCCAGAGCGCUACUACAAGGAGUCUGAGGACUUGCGGUACUUUAAAUCAGAGAAGACAGACCGGGGUGUUCUGCAGGAGGGCUGGAUCGACAACCAGGAACCCAUCAUGUGCUCCUACAAACUGGUGACAGUCAAGUUCGAGGUUUGGGGUCUUCAGACACGGGUGGAGCAGUUUGUACACAAGGUUAUCCGUGACGUCCUGCUCCUAGGACACAGACAAGCCUUUGCCUGGGUGGAUGAGUGGAUUGAAAUGACCAUGGACGAGGUGAGAGAGUACGAGCGGGCCACCCAGGAGGCCACCAACCGUAAGAUCGGCCCCUUCCCCCCAUCCAUCUCCAUCACCGAGACCCCCUUGGCCUCAGUGGCCCGCAACGGGCCCUCCAGCGCCCCCUCCACCCCCCUCUCCACGGAGCCUCCAGAGUACCUCUCCGUGCCCAAGGACCGACCCAGGAAGAAGUCAGCCCCAGAGACCUUGACCCUCCCCGACCCCAAUCGCAGGGACUCAGGUUUCAGGCUGGCUAGCAUCUUCUCCUGGGGCUCAACCCCUAGCCCCCAGCCUGAAUGAGAGGGGAACCCAUAGGUGUGGUAUACACCUAUCUACAUUCAGGGAGUGGCCAUUUUGUCCCCUAGACAAUUUAUGUAAAAGGGAGUGUUGUUCACAGACCUCCUGUAACUUGGUGGUGUGGUAAACACCUCUCCACAGACAGUUGCUGGUAUCACCCUGAAGCCAGCUACUGUCACCAACUAACUGUGUCUUGGUC